AUCGCCAGGUCUCUGAUGCGCUGUCUCGUGGUGUUUGUCCUGCUCGGUCGUCACAUGCAACAUUUGACUGAAUUUCUCGUUCUAGAUCCGGAGGAAAGUGACAGCAGAAAGAAAAACUCUCAGCCGAACAGUGGCAGUCGUCGCAGAGUCAGCAUAACACUAAUUCCCAGCCACAUCCAGGAGAAGAUAAAACGAGACGAGAAAAGACAAGCUCCUCCUGGAAGAGAUUCCUUCCUCACCUGCUCGUCUCCUCCCCCCCUGAACUCUGAGUCCAGCUGCUCUGCCAUGACCAGGGAUGACAGCCUCCCUGUGGAUGACAGACAACUGGAUCAAGAAGAAACUCUGUCAGAAGCUCCAGCUGUUGAGCUUCUUCCACCGCCCCCGCCCAGCCCCGAGUGCAUCCCAUCAAAACAACUGGCCACCAGAAAGUUACGGACAACCUGCAGUAACAAAAACAACAAAAAUUUCCCUCUGGAUACUCUGCGCCAGAGACACAAGGGCAAAUCUGCAUUAUCAAAGAAAAAAGCCGACAAGGAUAAGAAGAGUUCAAAUAUUUACCGACGGCUUUCCAUGAGCACGUGUGGAUCCUCGUGGAGGCCUCGCCCGCUGGCUCACUGGUUGUAUCGCCGCCGCUGGCCGCUGCUCUGCAUGUACCUGCUCGUGCUUUUCGGUGGCGUGGCCUUGUUGACUUGCUUCUUGUGGAAGCUCCACAAUGAAGCACCUGAGCCGUGA